AUGUGGGGUUUUUUGAUGUCUUCUCAUUUGGACAGGCAUGGCUCGGUAGCAGCCAUGAGACCCCAGAAUUCCAGCAUCAUCUUUGAGCUGAUCCUUGUCGGGUUUUCUGAUCACCCCCAGACUGAGGUUCCACUCUUCCUGGUCUUCUCUCUGAUCUACCUAGCAAACUGUUUUGGGAACACAGCUGUCAUCACAUUAGUGGCUCUAGACUCCUCUCUGCACACACCCAUGUAUUUCUUUCUCUGCCACCUGGCUUUCCUCAAUGGAUUCUUCAGCACAACUGUGGCUCCAAAGAUGCUCUUCAAUUUUCUUGCAAGCAGGAAGGUCAUCUCUUACCCAUUCUGCCUGGCUCAGACCUACCUCACCCUGUUCUUGGAGUCGACCGAGUGCUUUCUCCUUGCAGUGAUGGCCGUAGACCGCUACGUGGCCAUCUGCUAUCCACUGAGGUAUCUUCUCAUCAUGAGCUGGACUGUCUGUAUAGUUCUGGCAGUGGCGGUCUGGGUCACAGGCUUUUGCGCCUCGGUUGUACCUCUCUACUUCACAAUGCUCCCACUCUGCGGCCCUUACAUCGUUGAUUAUCUCUUCUGUGAACUGCCCAUCCUUCUGCACCUCUUCUGUGCAGACACGUCUCUGCAGGAGGCCAUGAUGGCCAUUGGAGGGGCUGGCACAGUGCUAUUCCCCUUCCUCCUGAUUGUUCUCUCCUACCUGCGCAUCCUGGUGGCUGUGGUAAGAAUAGACUCAGUUGAGGGCAGAAAAAAGGCCUUUUCAACGUGUGCUUCACACUUGGCCGUGGUGACCAUCUAUUAUGGAACGGGGCUGAUCAGGUACUUGAGGCCCAAGUCCCUUUACUCCGCUGAGGGAGACAAACUGAUCUCUGUGUUCUACGCGGUCAUUGGCCCCGCACUGAACCCGUUCAUCUACAGCCUUCGGAACAAGGAAGUGCAGGGCUCCAUGAGGAGAGUGAUAGAGAGAUACAAAAAAAAGCACAAGAAUUGUGUUCUAGAAUCUUCAGGAGCUAAGCACUGUGUUCAUUUGCCCAAAUUCUAA